AUGGUAGACCUUUUGCCUCAAGGGUUUCUCUUAGCUCUUUUCAUGCAAGGAUCCUUUGGCACGGUCCCUAAUUGUGAUUUUGAAAACGACCUUUGCUCAUGGAAUAUUGAGGGAAGAUCAGCCUUUCAGUGGAAUCAAACUUCCGGUAUCGACGUGUUGAAAUCUGAGUUUGAUGGCCCGCAAAGCGAUUUUGACAGCAAUGAGAACGGACAUUUUCUCUUGGCUUAUGCCUCCAAUGAAAAAGGCCAGAGAGCCACAACCAAGGUUGUGAGUCCAAUUCUUGAAGGAGUGCAAUGUUUCACUUUCUACUUCGUGGUUUCGAUCGGGAAUGACAUUGACUCCUUGAGUAUCUUCAUUGAUUCCAUGGGACACAAAUCUCCGUCCUUGAUCUGGCAACUUAAAGAUCAUAAACACCAAAUGUGGGAAAAAGGACAGGUGAAAAUCACCAAUGCAGAGGAAUACCAGGUCUGGAUUGAGGCCUCAAGACCUGGAACAUCGGAAGGAUUUGUAGCUGUGGACCAAUUCGAGUUCUCAGAAGAUCUAGACAAUUGCCAAUUGAUCCCUGAUAUUGCCAGUGUCUCAAAAUCUGUUCAAAAGCCCGAAGAAGGCAACUGUGAAUUUGAGAACGGAGUUUGUACUUGGAUCCUCUUUGGUGGAGAUUUCGCAUGGGAGCGAAUGAAUGUGGAAGAUUUGGCCCAUGGAGAACUUCAGGGCCCGGAAACUGACCACGCAGGUGGCACAAAUGGGUACUUCCUUUACGCCACUCAAAGGUCGUCCGAGAAUGAUAAGGACGUCGCUACAUUUGAAAGUUCCAUGUUUGAAAAUGUACCACAACAGUGCUUUCACUUUGUCUUCAACAUGCCUGAAGGUGGAAUAUCCGCCUUGAUUUUGGCGACCGAAGAUGCUCAAGGAUAUCGGGAACAAAUUUGGAAACACAAUGGUCUUCCUAUUACUCAAUGGGAAACUGGUCGAGUCCUCAUCACACGAGACUAUGAUUACACGAUCGUGAUAUCCGUUAUCCAUGGGAAUGGAAAAGAUGGAUAUGUCAGUAUCGACGAUGUCAGGUUUUCCCUCUUAGAUCUCGAGGAAUGCAGCUUAGUUCCCGAAGACGCCAUCCCCGAGACACCCACCACCCCUGCCCCCCAAACGGAACACCCGCCCCACGUGACUUCUUGCACCUUUGAAAAAGACUUUUGCGAUUGGAAGCCCAAUGGUGGCAAAUGGAAUCGUUUGAGUGGAAACGAGAUUCAGGCCAAUGAAGAGAUCCAUGGACCCGAUGUCGAUUUUGAUGAGAGCCCGGUUGAAAAAUUCUUGGUGGUAGAUGUGGCAGAAUCGUUGGCGGCCGGAGUUAAGCGUGGAAACAUCGUGCGAUUGAUGAACGGACUCAACGAAGAUGUGGAGUGCAUGCACUUCUGGUACAAAUUGGAGAACGUGGACUCGUCGAUUCAAAUGUUUUUUGUGUCCACCCAAGAGGUGGGUGAGUUUGUCAACGAGAUCGAAUGGGGACUCAUCAACCCAAAGUCUACGGAUGAAUGGCAGGAAGGUCAGGCUUAUCUGCGAUCAGUCAAAAAGGCUGAUUACGAGUUGAAGAUUGGAUACUUCCUGGGACAAGGUCAGAAGGGGUACAUUGCCAUUGACAACAUCGACUUGACCAUAACCGAUACUUGCGCAUUCAUUCCGGAAGAGGCCUACCCGUUUCCCGAUCCAGACUACCAAUGCGAUUUUGAAUCCGGUUGGUGCGAAUGGUUUGCUGAAGGCCCAGAUGAAUUCAGAUUUAAUUUGGUGAAGGGGGAGAUGAUUUCCAACCCCUCUUAUUAUCAUCUUCCCGAUAAAGACCAUACCGGGUCUGCCGUGGCCCAAUAUCUUGGAUUGGAAUUCCAUGAGCAAAAGAAUCAAAGGCCCGAUCAAGAUCAAUCUAGGGGCUUGGAAACGACCCUGCGAGGCCUCACUCUGGAUGGAAAAAAGCACAACUUUGCAUGCUUCAGAUUUUGGUACUCCCACAAUAUUGAGAGCCAAUUCACGAUCACGCUUGAGACACGGCGAUUGUCGGACUUCAGGCGGGACUUCGUUUGGAUCCUCCAUCAGCCGAAGCGAAAUACUCGAAACACGUGGAUGCAGGGUCAGGCUCGGCUGCGCUCGUUCGAUCAAGGCGAAUACGAGGUGAUUUUUAAGAUUCAACCCAACGGAGAGCGUGCCGGAUACUUUGCCUUAGACGAUUUUUCCUUGAGCCAUACCGAUCAUUGCCUCAUCAACCCUUUGGAAGCUCUCCCAGUGGAUCAGCCUCGACCUGUUUGCACUUUUGAGGAGAACCUCUGUUAUUGGAAACCGUAUCCAGGUGACGAUAAGUUCCACUUCAGAAGAACCGAUGGCAAUAGCGUGGUGGCUGAAGGUAUCAGUGGUCCCCAAACUGAUUUGAAUGGUGAUCCAGAGGGAUUUUUUGUCAUUGCCGACGGCUCCACUGGAAAAUUUUUGGAACUUGCCGCGUUAGAAAGUCCUCAAUACAAUGGCACAAUCACUGAGAAGGAAUGUUUUCACUUCUGGUACUGGUUUGAGGACAAAGAACACAUUGAGUUGGUUGAUAUUGAGAUCCUCAAGGAAGGAAUUGUGGCUCCAGAACUGAUCUGGAGGCAAGGAGACGUUGGAGAACAAGGUGACGAAAAAACUUGGCUUGAAGGCCAAGUUGAUGUGAUCCCUGAUGGAGCUAUCAGUUACAAGAUUACCUUCUCAGUAGUGAAGGGAAGAAAUAACUUUGGCACUUUCGCUGUGGACGAGUUUCACUUUAAUGCCAAAGAAGAGUGUCCCACGAUUCCCAAGAGAGCGGAAAUCCCAGCCUUCUUCUGCGAGUUUGAACUGAACUUGUGUGGUUGGGAGGUCAAGGCCCACGAAGACCGGUUUACCUUUAAUCGCAUGACUAGCGAACAAAUCGAAGAACAAGGGCUGAUGGGACCUUCAGGCGACUUUUUUAACCAGAAAAAUAAGAAAUUUCUUUUCGUCGAUGCCGAAGAAGGGGGCAAUGCCGGGAUCAUAGCGGUCCUGGAAAGUCCCAAAAUUUCGGGUGAUAAGGUUGGGCAGUGCUUCAAAUUCGUCUAUGCACUUGAGAAUUCCAAUGGAGAACAUGGAAUCAAAUCCAUUACCAUCCAAAGCGUGACAACCAUUCUGGAAGAGGAGUCCGUGAUUGUACUCUGGACGUUAUCGGAUGAGAGUGAGCUUCAAAAAGACAAGGAUAGUAACGUCUGGGUCAAAGGUCAAACCAAACUCCGAAGCUUCUUGAAAAAGGAUUUCAAGAUUCAAAUUGUGGUGGAAAAGGGCCGAUUAAAUGGCUACGCCGCAUUCGACAUAUUCUUGGCUAGCGACGAGGAAGGUGAUUCAUGUUCAAUCAUGCCACCAGCCGCUGACCCCGAAGACCAAUUGAUCCAUUGUGAUUUUGAGGCCGACGAUUUGUGCGGCUGGGAGGACAGUGGCCCAGCGGAGUUUUCCUUCGUUCGAGUGAACGGACAAAUGGUCUCAGAAUACGAAAGCGAUUCGAGGUUGCCAAAGGAAGAUCACCUUCAAUCAGACUCGGGUUACUACAUGGGACUCGAACGAAUCGUUGCGAAGAGAAGCAUUUUGGGAGGGGAAACGGCCAUUUUCACCAGCCCUGAGUAUAUUUACGGUGACAUGCCCAAAGGAUGUAUUCGAUUUUGGUACUCGCACGACAGGGACAAUCGUCUCAAUAUCCAAUUGCAACGUGUUAACGCCGAGGAAAAUGUUCAACAUUUGUGGCAACUCUUCAAUCCAACCCGAUCUGAAGGGGACCCAAUUUGGAUGCAAGGACAAGUCUUAUUCCACUCGCACGAAGAGGUCAAUUAUAGAAUCCAACUCGAGGUCAAACCAGAUGAAGAAGAAGAUAUGGGUUACUUUGCUUUCGAUGAUAUCUCAAUUUCCACCCAGGACGAUUGCCCAUUAGUUCCAGAUUUCGCCCUCCCUGUUGGAGUGGUGGAUUGUGAUUUUGAAGGUGGCACAUGUGAUUGGGAGAUUGGCCAUUUGGGUGGGGAUUUUCAAUGGCACCGAAGUGAUGUGCACGAAAUUCAGUUUAAUGGACAGCAAGGCCCAAUGAACAGUUUGAGUGGAGAUUCGUUCCUCAUUGUCCAAGCUGAGAAUAAUGGAAACGAAGGAGACAAGACCAAAUUGACCAGUCCCAUCUUCAAGGCCGAAAGCAAUCCUCGACUUUGUCUCCAGUUCUGGUUUUGGAUCGAGCAUCAAGGAGGCAUUCAAUCUUUCAAAGUGAACAAGGAUAGUGAGAUUGAACAAUCAAAGGAACUUUGGACCCUUUUUGGCGAGGACACAACUGAACCAAUAUGGAACGAGGGCCAAGUCGAAAUCAUCCCAGAUGCUGAGUCGAUCUAUCUGGCUGUGUUCGAAGUGAUUAAAGGUGACACGGAUAACGGUUUCGUGGCUCUCGAUAAUGUGGCAAUUAUAUCCAAAGAGGAGUGUCCCAACAUUCCUGCAGGAGCAUCCCCCCCUACGCCUUCUCCCUCGGAUGUGAUUGAAUGCUCAUUCGACAAUGGCGAUCUUUGUUCCUGGGGCUCAAGUGGGGCGGAUGACUCUUUCAAUUGGAUUGCCACCAAUGGUAAUGAUCAAGGGGCUAUGGAAAACCCAGGCCCAAGUGUGGAUCACUUGAACGACGCCCAAAAUGGGUUCAUGUUAGCUAAACAAUCCGCCGAGACCGAGAAUGAAAGCAGCACUCAACUGGAGAGUCCCCUAUUGACGGCGGGGGAAAAGGAGUAUUGCCUUUCAUUUUGGUUUGUUAUUAAGCGUGACAAUGUAAAUAGGCAUCUAAGAGUUUUGAGGCUUGACGUCCAAGGAAAACCUGAGGAGCUUUGGUCAAUUGCUACAUCCAAGGAUGGAUCUUGGGCAGAAGGACGUGUGACCGUUCCACCUAAAAGGGCAAACGACACUCUAUAUCAGUUGGCAUUCCUAGCCACAGGCAUCGGCGCGCACAAUGGAUACGUUGGAAUCGAUGACAUCUCGUAUCACGAAACCACGGACAUUUGUGACAUUCAACCCCCUGAAGCCAAACCUUCGGUCACUUGCUCGGAAACUGAGAUCAAAUGUGGCAAUCAAGAAUGUGUUCCACUCGAUGCGCUCUGUGACUUUCAUUCCGAUUGUUCAGACAACCUUGAUGAGGUUGAAUGCCCAUAUUUGUUCGAUUUUGAAACCUGUGCCAAAGAAACCGGACAACCGAUUUGUCAUUGGUAUCAAUUGGAAGAUAUCGAGAUCCUGGCUUGGAACAUCAUUCCCGGAAACAGUUCGGAAACAUCGAUAAACGGUCCGCAUGACACAUAUUCCAACAUUUUGUUUUUGUCCCACAACGAAACGGCUGAAAUCGGAGUAGAAGACGCCAACCCGGAAUUGUUCAGUCCAGAGUACAGAAAUUCUGGAAUCACUUGCAAGAUUGAAUAUCACUACUUCAUGCACGGAGACUUCGGAGGCAAAGAUGUGGCAUUCAAGCCAACUUUACAAAAAGGAGACGAAAGCUCUACCGUUUUAGAUCAUCAUUUUGCUCAUGAUACAGAGGAAUGGAUCACGGCCGAAGUUGGGAUUGGACGUCAAACGGGCCAAUUCAAGUUGAUAUUCGACAAAGACUCAAGUGACGUUUUCAAUGGGACGAUAGCCAUUUCUAGCGUUUCAUUACUCAACUGUGAGCGACCAAUUGCCAAAGAUUCGUGCACAAACGAAGAGUUCCGAUGCAAAAACAAGGGGUGUGUCCUGAAACAAGAAAGAUGUGACAUGUCGGAUAAUUGUGGCGAUAACUCGGAUGAAGCAGGUGGAUGUCCGGGAUACCAUUUCAAUGAUUUUGAGGCAGACAUGGGCAUGUUCUCUGACCUUGAUCAAGAGAGCGACUUCAAAUGGCAACUAGGUCAAUCGACCACCGACAAUCGGGGAACUGGGCCUCCAUUUGAUCACACCACUUUUGGACCAGAGGGUCGUUACUUGUUCAUCAAUAGCUCUAAUGAAAUGGCGCCAAACUUGGCCGCGUCAAUCAUCAGUGUGCCAUUUGAUAAAGUGAGAAAUGUUGACCAAAAGUGCCGAGUACGAUUCUAUUUCCACAUGUACGGCCAAGAUGUCGGGACCCUAUCAUUGAAAGUGAAACCAGAUAACACACCAGAUGAAAGCCUGUCCCUUUGGAGUACUUCGAGCUCAAAGGGCAACGCCUGGGUGAAAGAAGAUCAACCCAUCGAAAUAACUGAUCAGGGUUUCCAAGUGAUCUUCGAGGCUAAGGUGACAAAACUGGGGACUGGGGAUAUCGCUGUGGACGAUAUUUCUUUUACGCCAGAAUGUUUGGUGAUGGGAGAGUCCACGAUUCCUCCCACCACAACCACCUCAACUACUCCAACCACAAAGGCACCUUGUUCGGGAGACCAAUUCCAUUGUGGAGGUGGAACCUGCGUGGCCUCGGCUAAGGUGUGUGACUUUGUAGACGAUUGUCCUAAUGCAGAGGAUGAGGCCACAUGCCCUAACCUCUUUACCUUCAACGAGUGUCCAAUGUUGUCCGAUUGCGGAUGGACCAACGACGUGGAGGAUGCUUUGGACUUCAUUGCGGUUUCGAUCAAAGACCUGAUUGACGGAGGAGAAACGAGUCACGGUCCAAAUCUUGAUAUGAAUAACAGCACGGAGGGUCACAUCGUAUUUCUCUUAAAUGAUGGUGAUGUGGAAGAUUAUUCGACCACAACGGCUAAAAUGACUGGUCCGACUUAUGAAAAUGCCAAUGCCAAAUGCCUCUUGGAAUUUUGGUACUACUUGAACGGGAAUACAGGCGAGAAUAUGGCGCUCAUCCCAGCGUUAAAACACGUGGAUCUUGGGAAAUCAACCUUCCUGGAUUACCUUAUUGUAGAUGGGAACCUGGAAUCGGCUAAAACGUGGCAUUAUGCCGUCAUUGGAUUGGGUCGUCAACGCGGCAAAUUCCAAAUCUCGUUUAUCCAACAAACUGGAAAGACCUUUGAUGCCUCUGUCGCGUUGGAUGAUGUCAAAUUUACGGAUUGCAACAUACCUCCUGGAUUGCCUGAUGGAGAGUGUCCUCCCGAGGAUAGCGAAUUGAAUCCAAAUCAGCCUCAAUUCCAGUGCAAGCAUAACAAGGCUUGUAUUUCCCGGGAUUUGCUUUGCGAUCUGAGCGACGAUUGCGGGGAUGGAUCCGAUGAGGAUCGGCCAUACUGUGCUCAAAACAUCGUGACCAACUUUGAGGACGAAACUUUCGGUUACUUCUUCUUGGAUCAAGCUUCUAUACAGAGCGGGGAACACUUCAAAUUGGGCCAAGGAAUAACCAAUGGGCGGGGCUCAGGUCCACCCUUCGAUCACACUAGGCUAGAUCCGAAUGGGGUAUACGCUUACAUGGAUUCCACUGCUUUGGCCAAUGGAACGCACACCUAUCUGUACAGCUUCCCUUUCAAAGGCAGCUAUCAAAGAGAAACCAAAAUCUGUCCCAUGACCAUAUGGUUCUUCCUCAAAGGCAACCGCCAAGGAUUUGUCCGUAUUUACAAAGAAACGGUGGGUAGCACCCUCGAGACGUUGUUUGAGGCCAAGAGUUCGGGGAUCAGUGCUUGGACUCGGGCCAAAGUCAAUAUAGAGUAUCAAGCUGGACAGAUUUAUCGCUUCGUCAUCGAAGGCGAAUUAUAUGAUGGAGAUAUUGGUUUGGAUGAUAUAGUUUUCCACGAUGGUUGCAGUCCAUAUGACGGAGACUUUGCUCCACCCGUCACGGUCAAGCCGGACUUACCGCCAGGUGAUGGUCUCAGUACAGGAGCGAUUGUGGCCAUUGUCAUUGUCCCCAUCAUAUUGAUCGUCUUGAUCGCAGGGGCAAUUGUGUUCUCUUACAAGCGUAAAGAUACUCGGCCAAACAUGCCAUCUUUCAAUCGGGUCAAGUCAUUCUUAAAUCCAAAUUACAGCAAAAUGGAUGGUGAUACGAUCACCAUGAGCAACCUGACGGAUAUUCACAACUAGGAUACAGCAUCUAAUAAUCCCAUGGAAUCAAAUACUUGAAAAAGCACGUGAUUCUUGAGACACUGAAGGGCUAAAUAAACUGACAAUUCACAGCCUUCACGAGGAUUCGACCCUCAUCGGCAUUGCUCACGACUCGAAUUUAUCUUCAUUGGGCGAUUGCUCUUUCGAUUUGUUGACAUAGUGUUUUUCAAGCAAAGAAAUCUGUUCCAAUUGA